GUCACAACCUAUCGGCAGCGGUGCCACCACCAAAGUGACGUGGAACGAAAAAAGACGAAGCGACACGAAGCCGAGCACGUCAGAUUCACGUUAAGAUUCCAGUUCGCCCGUUCAUAUUUUCCAGGUCAGUCGGUCCAGAGAAACAGAUAGCCCAAAAUGCCCGCUCCAGCAAGUUCUACGUCCGUGGGCAGCGGAUCGCGCUCGCCCAGCAAAUUGUCGGCGCCACGUAGCGCCGGAUCCGGAGGCGGCAGCACCCUGAAGCAGAGGAAGACCACCACCAGCACUACGGCGGCCCGGAGUCGUGCACCCGGCGGAGCCGGAACUGGUGGCAUGUGGCGCUUCUACACGGACGACUCGCCCGGAAUCAAGGUUGGUCCCGUGCCCGUGCUGGUCAUGUCGCUGCUCUUCAUCGCUUCCGUCUUCAUGCUGCACAUCUGGGGCAAAUACAAUCGUUCUUAAGCCAUGCAUUUCGUAGCCAAUAAAAUACUUUCACCUCAACGAGCGUGAACAAUGUC